AAAGAUGCCCCUGGGUACAUCUUGCCCGAGGCCCAUUUUAUAUUUUGUCUCUCUCCCCAUGAAGCUUCGUUGGUUUGUGUUUACCUUUGUCAAAACAUACAAAGUCUAAAAUUCCAACAAAGAAGCUUAAAAAAGAACGGAAACUGUUAUUGUUUAGAUAGACUUUUAAAAAUGGCGGCCGUUGGGACAAUACAAAAACAACUUUAGGGAAAUAUUUGACGGGCGCAGGUGGAGUUAUGCUGCGAGUGGGUGGGCAUCUUAUCCCGGGAGGAUUCCUCUACCAUCUUACUUUGGACUUUUAGCUUUAAAAAAAAAAGACUAAGGCAAAGAAAAAGACCAGGAUGUGUGUUUUCUUAAAAAUACUACACUCGGAAGUCGGCUACUGUAAUGUUUACAGUUAAGCUAGCUGGAUCUCCAGGGACAACGCGCGCGUGCACACACCCACACGGGGCAGCGGAGAGGACCUGGGGAGAGACCGGGAAGUGUCUGUAGCAGGUGCACGGCUGCUGAUGGUGUUACCCUUCCUCGGCUCCAAAAUAAAUUAUUCUGGUGUUUUAACCUGCUGGGCGGAAACACACAGGAGGAGCCUCGACGCACUUUGAAGCACAGAGGGAGAAAAAGAGGGACUAGGGACUAGCCGGGACUGGGCUGACGGUGAGGCGGAGGUCGUGAAGUGAAAAAGACACGACGUGAGGCAGUUAGCUCGGCGGACGCUCCUGUUAUCACUCGGAGGAGACACAGUCAGACCUUUCCAGCAGCUGCACAGAGUCUACUAGCUGCUGACUGUGUGUGCGGACGGCGGCAGGUGGGUUUGUAGAGGAGGUGGCAUGCAGGUACCGACAGGGACUAGGAUGCUCCAGCGUCCCGUCUGCUGUUGACGCUUCUUAUCCUUCAGACCUAAAAGUGACCAUGAAGGACACGGGGGAGUCAAAGGACCAUCAACUAACUGUUGCCCUGAGGAUCCGACCCCUCAGCGAUGCUGAGCAGGAGGAGGCGGCUACGAUCGUGGCACACAGAGUGGACGACCAGAUGGUGGUUCUGAUGGACCCCAUGGAAGACCCAGAUGACAUCCUGCGUGCCAACCGCUCCAGGGAGAAGACUUACAUGUUUGACGUGACAUUCGACCACUCAGCCAGCCAGGAGGAGGUGUACCGAGCUACUACCAAAGGGCUGAUUGAGGGUCUCAUAUCAGGCUACAAUGCCACUGUGUUUGCCUAUGGCCCCACUGGUUGUGGGAAGACGUACACCAUGUUGGGAACAGACAAGGAGCCAGGCAUCUACGUUCGAACGUUGAAUGACUUGUUCCGUGCCAUUGAAGAGACCAGUGACGACAUGCUGUAUAGCGUCUCCAUGUCCUACCUGGAGAUCUAUAAUGAGAUGAUCCGUGACUUGCUGAAUCCAUCCUCAGGCUUCUUGGACCUGAGAGAGGACUCGAAGGGAGUGAUUCAGGUUGCAGGCAUCACUGAGGUGUCUACCAUCAAUGCCCAAGAGAUCAUGGAACUGCUGAUGAAGGGAAACAAACAGCGAACCCAGGAGCCAACAGCCGCCAACCAGACAUCGUCUCGCUCCCACGCUGUGCUGCAGGUGGCUGUCAAGCAGCAGAGCCGCUGUCGAGACGUUCUGCAGGAGGUCCGCUUUGCACGCCUCUUCAUGAUCGACCUCGCCGGCUCCGAACGAGCCGCACAGACUCAGAACAGGGGUCAGAGGUUGAAAGAAGGGGCCCACAUCAACCGCUCCCUCCUGGCUUUGGGAAACUGCAUCAAUGCCCUGAGUGACAAAAAUGGCAACAAGUACGUCAACUAUCGAGACAGCAAGUUGACUCGCCUACUAAAGGACUCACUGGGCGGGAACAGUCGAACUGUCAUGAUAGCCCAUAUUAGCCCUGCCUCUGUGGCUUUUGAGGAGUCUCGGAACACACUGGCGUACGCUGACCGUGCCAAAAGCAUUCGAACACGGGUAAAGAAGAAUCUGAUAAAUGUGUCAUACCACAUUGCUCAAUACACCAACAUCAUCUCAGACCUGCGCUGCGAGAUCCAGAGGCUCAAGAAGAAGAUUUCAGAUCAGUCGAGCCGCCAGCUCACCUUAGAUCGGGCUGACAUCCGCCAUGUCCAGGCUGAAGUCCAGGCCCACUCUGGCCAGCAAAGCCAGGCGGAGAUGGACCAGUUGAAGGAGCAACUUCUUGAUGCCUUCCGCCAACAGAUGGAGAUCAGGAAGACCCUGAUUGAGCUGGAAAACAGCAACAUGGAGAUCCAGAUUGACAGCUCCAAAUACCUGCUAACUAUUGCAGACUGGGAGCAGCAGCAGAGUAGGCGCAGGAGGAAGUGGCGUGCGGAAAGUAGAAAGGAGCAUGUCAAUAAGGAUGACAGUGAGAAGGACUCUGACUCCCCAGAAUCUCCUCCUGACAGCACUGAGACACAGGAGGUGGCAAUUGCCCGAGAAAAUCUGGUCACACUUGUGGCUGAACAGAAGAAGAUACACAAACAGAAGGCGCUGCUUGAGCGAAGAUUUCUGGAGCUCCGGGACCAGGCUCACCGCUUGGAGGAGCUGCUUCCUCGGCGGGUGAGCUCAGAGGAACAGCGCGAGGUCCUGAGCCUCCUCUGCAAGGUCCACGAGCUGGAGAUCGAGAACGCAGAGAUGCAGUCCCACGCACUGCUCAAGGACAACGUCAUCCGGCAGAAAAACUUUGUGGUGCAGCGCUUCGAGCAGCACAGACACCUGUGUGACGAGAUCAUACAGCAGCAGAGACAGUUCAUUGACGAGCACAGUCUGCUAGUACCUCUACACCUCCAGGAGCUGUAUGAUAUGUACAUGAGGGAGCUGGAUGAGAGGAAACUGGACAGAGCAAUGGCCCUGGAUAAGAUGACCACCAGACACACUAUUAAGGAGGGCUCUCUACCCAAGAUCACCCUGCCCAACCAUGGUCGUGACAACCUGCAGGACAUAGACUCAGACCAGGAGAGUGUAAACAACAUGUGCUCGGACAACAGACGAGAUCACGCCAAAAUCCGCAGACACACCUUGCCACCCAUUCUUCCUGAGCUUGAGCUGGACAAUAACAGAGUUUUUAAGAGCAGCCCUCAUGCCAGGCACCUGAAGAACUCUGCUGUAAUGACGCCACCUCCCAUCCACAUUAACGGGAAGGGCAACAGAGAGGUGAGGACAAUUCUAAUAGGCAAGCGGCAGCAGAUCCUAAAGGGUGUACAGAACAUUGUAGUAAAAGCAGCCCGUCGACGCUCCAAAGCCUUGGAGCUGGAUGCCUUGCGGUUACCCCCUCCCUACUCUCCAUUGGACCCCACGAAGCAGAAAAGCAGUCUUUCUUUGAGCGAGGUACCCCCCAGAGCUUUGCCGACACGACGUGGCAGGCAGCCGAGCCCCGAGCUCAGACAUGCCACCUCGGAUGAUAACCUGUCCAGCAGCACUGGAGAGGGACCCGGCUUGCCGGUGACCUGGACGCGCCCACGUAACCGUCAGGUACCUACUAAGAACCAAACACCCAGAGAAGUGGACUUUGAGGCUCGUCGCAAGAAGAGACGCUCACGCUCUUUCGAGGUCACUGGUCAAGCACUUCCUCAAACCAAGACAGCCACUGCUCAGAGGUUCCGCCCUCUGGACAGUACAUCAGACUCGCAUCUCCACAUUAACGGCCAACCCCAGGUCCCCAUGCUGCGUCCCCAAUACAGAGGAGUCCCUCCACUUGCCAAAGUCAGGGCACCCCACAACGGCCAGUCAACAGCUCUAAAUGCAGAGUCCUCCACAGCCCACAUGAAUAAUCUGAAGCGAGGGCCCCAGCUGCGGCAGCCCCAGCCCCUCCGCUUCAUCACCACCACAGGCCAGCGCACACGCAAACACUGAGCCAUCAGCACCAUUCACUCUUAACACCAGCACUAACACUCAAGCUAGCUGAACCAAGAGGGGUAUCCUCUAAUAACUGGAGAGCGCACGCACUCACACACACCCAUAGCCCCUCAGUGACUGACACAAGGUAAGAUUGAGAGGCAGUAUGAUGGAGACUAACCAGGCAGCAGAUGGUUACCUCCACAUAGGUCUCCUGUGUAUUUUAUUGUGGCGCCGACAGGAUCUGUGACCCUUACAAGCGCACAGGUGCCAGAGAUGGCUAACAUACUGUGCAUGUUCUGUUCUGUCAAGUGUUUCCACUUUAGCUUGCUAUAGUACUGAAUUACUUGUGUUAUCGUCAAGUCAGGAUGGUGUCAAUCUCACUGUGAAUGCAACACUGUAGUUGUGUUUGUACGUUAUGACUAUAUAAUGUCUGGUAACAUUUGGUGCUUGUUAUGAAGGCCAGAAACUGAAUCGUCAAGCUAACUGGGGCUGUUUAUGGGGCUAAACCUCACUGUAAAAAGGUACUGAGGGAAAUGACUGGCUUUAUUCAACACUGGUUUAAAAGGUGAGCGGAUGUUAUACUGAUGGAAAUGUAAAAGUGGAAUAAGGAACAGUGGCCUACUGUCAAAGUGUUUCAGCAUCAUUGUUUCUUGUAGUGAGGUUGUUUCAUUUUAAUGACAUGCUGAGAUUUUAAAAAACUGACCAUCUUGAUUGUUGUGCACUUCUGGAUUUAAUCUCAAUGUUGUAUUCUCAUACACCCCAGGUCGAUGCCUUUUUUGUUACCCAAACUCGACUGUUAAAUGUCCUCCUUGAUUGUGUUAAUUUAAAGUUUAGUACCAUAAGAUGCUUUUCCAGAUUAGUUGGCUGGAUUUUAAUGAAUUAUUUAACUGUUGCCUUUUCUUUUGUUAUUGUUAUUGUUUU